GGAAAACUGUGCAUCGCAAUGCAAAUGGGGGGCCCCGUGUCUCGGUCGUCGUCGGACGGUGUCCUUGUUCCGAUGGAUUUAUUUCGUUCGAUUCGCUUCACUCGGAAAAUCUCGCUCCCCGCUCGAAGGCACUUUGGGUAGGCCGGUCUCUGUCUGCUGUUGUGUGCUGCUUUUCGGCUGCUUAUUUUUAGGAAUGACAACCCACUACGACCACUACGGCCAGCAGUACUACAACUAUCGCUCCGACCACCACCACCAUCGCGAUCACCAGUGGGCGCCGCUGCUCCCAUUGCCAUUUCGCCGCCCCAUCAGCAGCAGCCACAACGAGCGUGAACAGUGAACAGUUGUGUGUGAAGUGCAGAAAGUAGUGCUCCCCCGAAAGAUUAGUAGUGUCCAGUGUCACCCCCCAUCACACCACCCCCCGGUCGUCACACACACACAGCCACACGGUUCGCGGCAUAGAUGUAUUUGUUUGUUAUAGAUUAAAGUUUGGCAUCUGAUAGUUACUAGAUAUGAAUAGUAUUGUUAUACUGAGUUUAUGGAUACUGCUGCACAUUAGCAACACAUCGUGUCAAGAUGAAACAAUAUCCGUGCUGAGGGGCGAAAAGGUGGAGCUGGCGUGCCCGAUCGACAUCGCGACCUGCGGCGAGCUGCAUUCCCUCAAAUGGUUCAAGGGCACCGAGCGGAUAGCGGUCGUGUCCGGUGAUGGCGAGGUGGCCAAGGUGGAGGGCAGCCACCACGACCGGCUGUCGCUGGCGCACCUCGCCCAGACCAGCCGCCUGAUCUUCCGCAGUGUCGAGAUCGCGGACGAAGAUACAUAUCUGUGCGAGACGACGUUCCUCGAGCCGUCGGAGCUGUGCGAGAACUCGGGCGCAUAUAGUGUAGCGUUAAACGUUUAUGCGGUGCCAUCGGUCAUUACGCUGCAGGAUGGCAAUAGAAAUAGUAUUAAAAACGGGUCGCACAUCGGGCCGAUGCGCGAAGGCCAGGACCUGCAGGUGGUGUGCGAGGUGUACGGUGCCCGCCCGGAACCGGUGAUAAGUUGGCAUCGAUCGGGGCGCGUAGUUCGCGACACGCUGGUGGUUGAGGAGCACAACGGACUGUACACGGUGAAGUCGACCCUAUCGCUGACGCUGUCGCGGCAGGAGCUGGGCGCCACCUACAACUGUCGCGUGGAGAUGAAGGAACUCCACCUGACGGUGGACAAUCAGUUCCACAUCGAUUUGCAAGUGCGCCCCACGAAGAUCAACUUAUCCGGCGUGGAACAUCACACGGUUCAGGGGACGAAGGUUUUGCUUCAGUGUCAGGUCAGCGGAGCAAGACCAGCAGCCAACAUGACCUGGUACAACUCAUCCAAACUGAUUACCGAGGAGUCCAGUGAGAUGACUUCAAUUAAUACCAAAACAUAUCUGCAAAACGAUGGAACCUUCGAGACGAUCAGCCAGAUGAUCUUCACGGCGACCCGGUUCGAGAACGGUGCGUCGAUGCGCUGCGAAGCGGACAACAUAGUGAUGCGGGAGGACCUGGACCGGCCGCUCCAUGACACGCUAACGCUCGAGGUGAUGUAUCCGCCGGUGGUGUCGGUCAAGCCGGACAACAUCACCGUGAACGAGACGCAGGACUUUCUGAUCUUCUGCGACUACGAGGCGAACCCGGCGUCGCUCGAGAGCGUCAAGUGGUACCGGAACCAGCAGGAGAUCAAGGUGAGCGGCGCCCGGUACGAGGGCGGCAACCCGGAGCAGACGGCGCUGCUGGUAAAGAACUCGACGCGCCACGACAUCGGCGCCUACACGUGCGAGCUGUCCAACUCGAUCGGCUUCGACGUGUCCGAUAACGAAGUGUUCGUUGAUGUGAUCUAUAAGCCGACGGUGAUGCUGACGAUGGACCCGGACACACCGGUGAUCGAGAACGACCAGGCGAACAUCACACUCCUCUGCAACAUCGUGGACGGGAAUCCGAUGCUGCUGACGCGGGUCCGCUGGUUCCUCGAUGGCGAGUUCCUCAAGGAGCUGCCCGAGUGCGAGGAGGCGACACUCGGGACGGACGAGAACCUGUGCGAGGUGGACCCGAGCAAGAUGCUGCUACAGAAUGUGGGCCGCGAGUUCAUCGGGAACUACUCGUGCGAAGGCUUCAAUCUGGCCGGCUGGGGUGACGUCAGCGAGGACAGCUCGCUGGACGUGUACUACGAGCCGGGCAAUGCGUCGAUGGUCCACUUCCCGACGGUGGCCGUCAAGCGGCGUAGUGUGACGUUUAACUGUUCGAUAGAGGACCGGGGUAAUCCGGCCGCUAGCCGGUACAGGUGGUUGCGAGGAGGAAAACCGGUGCUGGACGUGGUAACCCCGUCGUGGACGGUCGAUCCGGUUGGGCUCGAUUCGCGGACGACGUUCUCGUGCUACGCGUACAACGAGGGCGGCGAGGGACUGGCCGCGGAAGAGAGCCUCGAGGUGCACGCACCGCCUGCCUUCAUCCAGAAGCUGCAGCCCUACACGGGAGCCCUCUUUUCCACCACCAACGUGUCGCUUUCGUGCCGGGUGGAGUGUAUCCCGUCGUGUACGAUCGCUUGGUUCAAGGAUGGCAUCGGGAUCGAGGCGAGCGACGAGCGGUACUACAUCACCGGAAUGUACCUUCCGGCGGAGCCGGCCACCGGGGACUUCGAGAGCGCAUACUCCGUGCUGCAUUUCAACAUGUCCGCCUGGCCGAACGGCAUCCUGGACCGGAUCAAGGACAGCUCGAACUAUUCGUGCGUGUCGACGAACAACUCCGCCGGGCCCGGUGUCCGCAGUACCACCUACUUCGGUGUAGAGUAUCCCCCCGAGAACACGACCCUCUCGAGUGCGACCAUCUCGGUCGAGGAAGGCCGGGUGCCACCGAAGAUCGUGUGCUCGUCGCGCGCCUACCCGGAGCCGGCGUUCUACUGGACUCGGAACGGGCGGACAAUCGCCAAGGGCAGUGCGCUGAUCGUGGAGGACGUGCUGGGUCGGAACGAUGCGGGUCACUACACGUGUACCGCGUUCAACAAGCACGGCAAUCACUCGACCGAUGCCUACAUCGACAUACACUAUAAGCCCACGUGCCAGAUCGUGCGGAAGGAGAUCGAGGAAGGGGAGGUGCUGAUCUGCGUGGCGACCGGUAGCCCGCGGGAGUCCGAGUUCGAGUGGAGCGUCAAGUACGCGAACGAGACCGUGCAGAGCCAGCACGUCAAGAGCGACGCGUACGAGAGUGUCCUGACGCUGGACGACGACGUGUCCUCGAUGCGGACCUACGUGUGUGUGGCAAGCAAUAAUGUUGGCGUUGGUACGCCGUGUGAGAUCGAGGUUGCUGGCUACGUGGCCUGGUGGCUCAAGGGUGACGUGCUCACCCCGUACAUCCUGAUCGGGGCCGUGGCGGCCCUCCUGCUGGCCGUCAUCCUCGUGUGCAUCAUUAUCAUCUGCAUCUGCCGAAGAAAGCGCCGGCAGGAGAAGUUUACUGGAGAAUCAUCGACUGCUGGCGGAUCCCAGAUAGAACCAGGCGAAUAUGAAAACCUUCCGUUCCAUGGACUGCAAACUCCUCCGAAGAAGGCCAUGCUGUGCAAAACUAAUCUCGCGCCAUCGCUGAAACACCAUAACAAAUCGCUCACGCCGUCCUGCUUCCCGACGCACCCGUACAACUACAUCAACUACCAGAAGGACCAGAGCCUGUGCGGGCCCCCGGCCCCACCGCACCCACACGCCCUGCACGGACCCCCCGGCCCGGACGAGUCCGGUUGCGGUGGUUUCCGGUUCGACGAUUCCAAGUCGGCGGCCGAACAGCGGCAGGCGGCCGGUGCAGCCCAGCUGGCGGCCACCCUCGACACCAGCGAUACCCUGUCCUCGCACAGCUUCGUCGUAACCGGUGGUGGUGGUGGUGUCCCGGCCCCGUCGGCAGGUCGCACGACCAAACGCAACCACGCCGCGACGGAGAAGAAACUGAUCGAUCUGGAAACGGUGACGCCGCUGUACGAAAAUCUGACCGAUUCGAUCCAGAUCCACGAGUCGACCGUUCCGGGGCCGGCCGGUUCCGGUUCGCUGACGCUGCACCAGGAGCGCUACCGGGUGAGCCUGAAGAAGCCGGGCCGCAAGUCGCAGGGCCGCUCGAACAGUGCGGUCUCGAACAGCUACUACGACUGCAUCAAGCCGAUCCCGGCGCCCCGGCACCGGAAGUACGCGUCGACCAACUCGCUCGUCUCGAAGGCGACCACGCUGCACCACCACCACCACCACCACCGAGGGGCGGGUAGCGCCAGCACGACCCGGUUGGAUCCGAUCUACAUGAACCUGCCGCUCGGCCUGUCGGAAUCGUCGACCCUUCGACUGCACCACCCGGACCCGGACGACGCCGGGGACCUAUCGCAGGCCAUCGAAGACUACCACUCGGGUGCACCCGGUAAUCACUAUCUGGAGAUCACGCAGCGGCAGACGCGCAUCGUCAUCCCGAAGGAGCUGUUCCCGGUCGAUAGCCGCGAGCAGCAGGCCAAGAUUAACCAGCUGCUGCUCGUGCGCAAAGGUGGCGGUGGCGGUGGCGGUGGCGGUGGCUCUUCGACCACCACCGGCAGCUCGUCGACGACCGCGUCGAGCAGCGCGACCAACAGCUCCGGCCGGCGUCACAUCAAGCUGCCUUUACAGAAACAUCAUAGCUUUAACUUCCAGCCAUCGCAGACGGUCGAGGCGACGGUGCGCGACCUCAAGAUCAAGUCGCACUCGAUCAACUCGAAAACGCUGCGCGACUACCGGGGCCCCGCGCAACACUACCGCAACACUAGCGGCGCGAUAAUGGCGGCCCAUCAGCAGCAGGACGGCAGCGAGGGCGAGUACUACGACCAGCAGCAGCAGCAGAAACAUCCGCCGCGCCGUGGGGCGCCUCCACCGCCACCCCCACCCGCAGCAGCACACUUUCCGUACGACACUAGCUCCGUAGCCUUUAAACCCAUUACUCCCGUGCCAACGAGUACUUCAGCAAUAAUAACUACUACUAACAGAAAGUCGGUUAAUAUGUGUAACAAUGACAAGUUUGCAAUCAAAUAA